CCCGGUCACAGCUUGUUGGCCUCAAGGAACUUCGGUAUAUUGAGUUGGCCGAAGAGGGGCGGCCUCUCCUUGUUCUCGUAGCAGACGAUCUCGUCGCCAGGCUGCACGUCGUCAUGCACCUUGAAUAUGAUCGCACCCUCUACAGCACAGCACACAGAGCGCCACAUCAACAGACGGGACACGGGCGUGUAUGAGGAAUAUGUGCCGGUGUGGUGCGUGCCUGACCUCCUUUAGGCAUUUCAGUGGCCUUCUUUCCCUGGACCGACAUGGACAAGACAUUCAGGCCCUCAGCUAUCACCACAGACCGCCGUGUCUGACACACACCACAGGCGAUGUCCAAACACAUCCUGCCUGUAGUGUCACUCCACCCCUCGUCUUUCUGUCUGGGUGGGAGGCUGCCUGGCUGGCAUGCUCACGAUUUUGUAGAAGUAGUCGUUGCCAGCUGCUGCUCGUCCCUCUUUGAGGUCGACGCCCGCGACAGUGCGGACCUCCUUGGACUUGUCCCGGUUGGUGACGGUGUAGUCGCCCGUACGCGUGACGAUCAUGCGGCCCACCGUCUUGAUCAGGUAACGAGGGCCGAAGUGAAAGUCAUGCAACGCCUGAAUGAAGGACAGACAGACCCGACAAGACACGAGACGGCAGACAUGCCACAACACGACAUCUAUGUACGCCCACCUCGAGGUCAUCGAACAGUUUGUAGAUGAUCUCAUGUUUGCGGAAGAUCAGCUUGUGGCGAUGAAGCAGCUUAAUGAACCACACAGACACACAAAAAACAGCGGCAGCACCAAGGCCACGCUCAAUUCCGCCGCGAAAUGAGUUGACUGGUCAUCGUAGUGUGGUGACUGACUGGUUGUGACUGACUGACCUGAUGCACCCUGGAGCCCUCGAGGGGUUCCACGUUGAAGCCAAGGACGAACGAGUUGCUGACGGCUGCCUUCUCCACAUCAGCCUCCGUGACAGCCCCCACACCAGAGGACACGAGGGCGAAUCGGUCCCUCCGCUGCUCGUCUUUGGCCGUCCACUGGUCGAGGUAGUCCUUGAUGGCCUCCAUCGACCCGUAGUUGUCAGCCUUGAUAACCAGACCCAACUGCUGACCCUCAGCCGCAGCGAAACUCUCCGGCAUAGCCGGCUGGCUGCCGCCGUCCUCCUCCAGCCCCUCUCGCCCCUCGUGUUGGUCGUCGGUGUGUGUUGGUGUGUGUUCUUGUUGCAAGGACUGGUCUUCAGCGUCGAUGAGGUCAGCGUCCGACUCACCCGGCAUGUGGUAGGCCUUGGUCAUCAUCUUCUUGUGCAGAUUGGGCGACUUGAGAUGCACACCCUUGCCCUCCAGCACCUGCAUGCAGUCCAGUGCAGUGCACAGACACAUGGGCGGACAGACAGACAGACAGACAGACAGGUGUUUACAGGAUGUCGGCUGUGUGUAUGGCAUGGCAUCCAGCCCCUCCCCCUGGGUCUCACAUACAUGUUUCUUGAAUGCGAGCACGUCCCUCGUCACAGCAGACGUCUGGUCCGACUCCUCCAACUGACGCAUCUGAGUCGAUUUAUCAAGUGAUGAACCAAAGCCAACGCCACCAACACACAGCGCACGGUAUGUAUGUAUGUCUUUCAUAUUAGGCAGCUUUGGCCCUCUCUCUGAUUCCCUUCGUUCCUUGCGUGGCGUGGGUACCUCCUCGGCCCGCUUCCUCAUCCUGGUGAUGGUGCCGGCGGUCUUUUGGUCCCUGACGACAACGAGGAAGUCUCCCGCCUUUGGUGUGACGCCCGUCAGCCCCACCACCUCCACUGGGGUGGACGGCGUCGCUCCCCUGGAGGAGGACAGCGGCCGUCUGGCAUGGUCCAGCAGCUGACGGAUCCGCGAACUGUGGGUGCCGCACACCACAUAGUCACCGACCUGCACACAUACACACAUACAUGGAUGCAUGGAUCAACGAAUGGAUACACACACACAUGUGACACACAGGUGGGUGACACGGAUAGCCAGACAGACAGACAGACAGACAAGUGUGCCGGCUACGAUGUACAGCUAAUGUGACAGAGUCAGUCAGUCGUGCUCCAUGUUCGGUGGCUUGCUUGCCUUGAGUGUUCCCCGUUUGACGAGCACCGACAGGACACGCCCCCGGCCAUCACCAAGGCUGCACACACACACAAUACGACGGGACCGAAAGGGCAGCCAGCCAUUCAUUCUCUUCCUCAUUGCCUGAGUCUGCCUGUGCGUGCGCGUGUGCGUGUGCACGUGCAUGUGCAUGUGUGCGCGAGUGGUUGCAGCCUGCCUGCCUGCCUGGCUGCCGUUUACUUACCCUGAUUCGAGUAUGUAUGCCUCGGCCCUGGCUUUGUAGUCUGCGUGUAGUGUGAGCUGGUCGGCCUGCUGCACGACGGCCUCCUCCAAGUCAUCCAGACCCACAUGCUCCUUGGCACUCACUUCCACUACCUGCAUGUGCGACCAAACAACACCCACACACAUCCAUGAAGGUUCAAAUGAAUGACAGACAUGUUCAUUUCAUUCAAAUGAAUGACACACAAUACAAUCAACCCAGUCAGUCAGCCGCAUUCCGGCCUCUUCCGCUAUACAAACGAGUGAGUACUGAUGGAUGGCCCGCUGACUGACUGACUGACCGACUGACCAGUGUGUCGCCGCCUUGUUUGGCGUCUCUUAGGUCCAGGUCUUUGAGCUGCUGCUUGACCCACUCGAUGUUGGCGUUGUCCUUGUCGAUCUUAUUGACGGCCACCACUAUGGGCACACGCGCAUCGCGAGCCUGCUGCAGCGCCUCCAGGGUCUGCUCACGUCACGCACACGACGAAUGAGAAGAUACAAGGACCAACAUCACCCCAUCCCUUCUGCUGCGUCUGGUGCGUGUCUCUUUAUUUACCCACCUGUGGCUUGACUCCGUCAUCAGCGGCGACGACGAGUACGACCACGUCGGUGACGGAUGCCCCUCGCCGUCUCAUGCCUGAGAAGGCUGCAUGUCCGGGCGUGUCGAUGAAGGUCACCCGCCGGCUGGUGGUGGGCGUCACAACCUCAAACGCACCGAUGCGCUGCGUGAUGCCCCCUGCCUCCGACGCAGCCACCGAUGUCCUGUAUGUAUCAAGGAAGGAGGUCGAGAGAGAGAGACAGAGAGACAUACAUACAUACCAGUGGGUUCCUGGCUGGCAUCUGCCUCACAUAUCUAGAUACGGAUCGCAUCUUUAAAUGCUUACUUGCGAAGUGCGUCGAGGAGUGUGGUUUUGCCGUGGUCGACGUGCCCCAUGACGGUGACGACAGGCGGCCGCGGCCGCAUGUCCUUGGCCAAGGCACUCGUGUGCCGCAGCCGGAUGGGCAGGGCCCUCUCGAACUCCUCAGCUAUCAACUCAGCCUCCUCCACCGUCAGACGCGAGUGCACCGUCGCCUGCCCCCCUGGCAGCAACGCUGCACCCAACUCACGAACCUGCAUUGAUUGCAUCCACGUCAAUGAAUCAUCGGUGAGUGAGACACACAAGGAAGGAAGUCCCGCCAAGUGGCUGGCCGGCCAAGUCCACCGAUCCAUCCGCCCACACGCACCCACCUUGUCGAGUGGGAUGGCAAUGUGCUGGGAAAGCGCCCCCACGGUGAUGUUGUGUGGAUCCAGCAGGGAGGGGUCAUAGUCAUCCUCUGCGGCCUUCCCAUCAACAUCGCCCACACCCAAGCCCUCAUCGGGGCUGACCACCGCGACACGACCAAGGACUGACUUGGUCUCUGUCGCCACGAGUGUGGGAGUUGCUGGAGGUGCCGGCACCGGCCUUGUAAGUGCCGCAGGAGGCCCAGCAGCUCGUUCAGUAUCGUGUGCAAUUGGUUGUUGGGUGUCGCCGUGCUGGUCGAGUGCCGCUGCCUCGAGCCGCUCCCUCUGUUUCCGCGCCAUUUUGGUCCUCAUGAGUUGCAUGAUGGUCUGCGUGCCCUCGUCCAUCUUGUCCUCGUCCAGGGACGUCACAGGCGACACCUCCAUCUUAGACGUCGCCCCAUGCGACACCGCCUCCUGAAUGAAUGAUGCAGGGACGGACGUGCACGGACAUAGGCAUGCCGCACACAGACAGACAGACCAUAGUUUGAAUGAGCGAGGGAGAGAGAUGAGCCCAGCCCGUGUCGUCCGUCUAUCUAUCAGGCAUGCCGGUCGCCCGGCCGUGAAGCCAUUCAGCAUUGAUCGUCGAUCGUACCUUUUCAGCGUGUGCUGUCGUCCUGUCUGCGUCUGCAGUGCGUGUGGUAGCCAGCAUUUCGAGCACUGCCCCGAUCCACUCCUGCUGGUAAGCCUCGAACUUGGUGUCGUCCCCCCACACACCACUCAGCUGCUCGCUGGCCUCCUUCCUGGCGUCUAGAGCCCUCUGCGCGGCCAAGACGGUGGCGAUGAGCGACGUGCCUCCUUUCCUUUCCGUUGGCUUGAUGGACCACCCUCGCAAGUGCCUCAGAGACAGGGCCUCACGCCUCCCAGUAGCCAGCCUCCUGAACCUGCGAGUCCCCAAGCUCUUCCUUUCAUCGCCCUCCGUUGACAGAAACUGCCGCAGCGACCCCACAACGAUGUCGUGGGGGGCCAUGCCCUGGUGGCCAACCCCAUCUGUCAAAGGUGACUCUUGGGCCUCCUGCUGCAUGUCUGCUGCAGCCCUAUCGCUUUCGCGGCCCAGCAAGUCCUCCGGCCCUUGCUGCUCUUGCUCUUGCUGAGGUGGCUUGUCGACAAUGGUCUGGUGAGCUUGUGCCUUGGCCCCCCUCAGACUGUCUUGCAAGGUCGAGGGCAGGAAGUAAGAUGGCCUGAAAAGCCUCCGCAGAUCCGUCGGCAGCUCGUGCCGGGUGGGAGGAGUGGGACUGGGCUUGGCUGAUGCACGGGUGCUGUUGGUGGUCGUCCUGUGUGGCAGCAUGUCUUGCCUGCGGGCGUCCAUGACCGCGUCCAUCAAGCGCCGCAUCUUGGCUAUCACGUCCGCAGAUACGAGAGAUGACUCUUUGCUGACAGGGUGGUGCCCGGUUGCUGCUAUUGUCGGCCCUAGGGGCUGGGGCUGCGUCUUCCAGGCGCCGAGCCAUUCUUGCAGCGCAUUCAGUGGCUGGCUGGAGGGGCGGAAGGAUGGGUGGACAGGCAGGGGACCACCUGUCGGCCUGACCCGCUGCGGCAGCUGGAACUGGGCGGCUGCCGAUUUGGGCCUCCUGGGCUUGGGCUUGUAGGCCGGUGGCUUGACUGGCUGCGGCAGGUCGACAUGACUCAUGCCAUUCGUGACGCGGUGGACCCGUGUCAGCUGCCUCUGCCGCUGCCUCUCCUCAUAGGAAGCCUUUGUGCCCUUGAGUGGGUUAAACAGACGGUCCAACUCGAGGGCCGGAGGCGAGGGCCGCGCCUUGCCUGCACUGGCCGACCCACUGCCAACAACGAUGCCCAAACGAGUGCGGCGGGUCUGUCCGUCAGCUGAAGUCUGCUGUAAAGGCUGCACGUACACGCGGCCCUCGCGGCUUGGCUCUGGCUGCGUCGCUGCAGAUGAGUGAAGCACCCUUGCUAGCGUCGCACAUGAGCGUUGUUGGAUCCUCGCGGUAUACGACGAUAGAGCUGACAUUGACGCUUUAUGGGAGCUGGUGGGACCCCGGUGUCCGUUAACGUGUUGCUCCUUGGAGGAAUGAACGAACACUGGAGCAGAUCUG